AUGUCGUCGCAUCAACACAACGGCGGCUACGGUGGGGGACCGCAAGCGGGUGGAAACCCCUUUGGAGGAGCAACACACCCUUCCACUCAGCAACACACCUACGAGGAGAGUGGCAGUGAUGCUUCCUUUGCCCAGGGAGACCGUAGGCACACGUACCAAUCCGAGGGAAGCGUGGCCGACCUCAUCCCUGUUCAGCAGUACGAGGGUGACUCGUACGAGGGCAACUACGCCGACAACAAGUACGCAUAUUCUCAAGAGUCUGCUGGUCAGCAGCCUCGUGGCUUCGGACAGGGACCUGGCAGCUACGCCCCCUCUGGCGUGUCGUCUCCUUACACCGACUACCCUGGCACCGCUGGUGGCGGAGCAGGUGGUGGCUACCGUCAACGCGAACCUUACCCGGCCUGGACAGCAGAACACCAGAUCCCUCUCUCCAAGGAGGAGAUUGAGGACAUCUUCAUCGAUCUGGCCAACAAAUUCGGUUUCCAGCGUGACAACAUGCGCAACAUGUACGACCACCUGAUGAUUCUCCUCGACUCGCGCUCGAGUAGGAUGAGCCCUGCUCAAGCACUGGUCACUCUACAUGCAGAUUACAUUGGUGGUGAGCACGCCAACUACCGAAAGUGGUACUUUGCAGCUCAGCUAGAUCUCGACGAUGCCAUCGGCAAAGCCCAGAACCCCGGUCUCGGCAGGGCAGCAUCUAUGGCCAACCGAAAGGGUGGCAAGGGUGGCUCGGCAGCAAGCAAGCUCACGGGCGCUUCUCAAAAGUCCCUCGAGUCCGCCGCAUCGAGGUGGCGUGAGGCAAUGAACCGCAUGAACGACUACGACCGGCUCAGGCAGAUUGCUCUAUACCUCCUGUGCUGGGGUGAAGGAGGUCAAAUCCGUUUCGUCCCAGAAUGUCUCUGCUUCAUCUUCAAGUGUGCCGACGACUACUACCGCUCUCCGGAGUGCCAAAAUCGCAUCGAGCCAGUGCCCGAAGGUCUGUACCUCCGAGCCGUCGUCAAGCCACUGUACAGGUUCCUCCGUGAUCAGGUCUUCGAGAUCGUCGACGGCAAGUUCGUCAAGAAGGAGCGCGACCACGACAGCAUCAUCGGAUACGACGACGUCAACCAGCUGUUCUGGUACCCAGAGGGAAUUGCUCGCAUCGUCCUCAACGACAAGACGCGACUCGUAGAUGUGCCGGCCAACCAGCGUUUCAUGAAGCUCGACAAGAUUGACUGGAACCGCGUCUUCUUCAAGACGUACAAGGAGAAGCGAUCGUUCUUCCACUUGCUUGUCAACUUCAACCGAAUCUGGAUCCUGCACAUCUCAGUCUUCUGGUACUACACUGCCUUCAACGCCCCCAAGAUCUACGAGCCAACGACGACACCGUCAACAGCACAGCUGCUGACUGGUUCUGCUCUUGGAGGUGCUGUUUCGACGUUCAUCAUGAUCUGCGCCACAAUGGCCGAAUGGUCUUACAUCCCGAGGACCUGGAACAACUCGAGUCACCUCUUGCGAAGAAUGGUCUUCCUUUUGCUCUGCCUUGCCAUCACCGUCGCCCCUGCCAUCUACGUACAGGCGUUCAACAAGUCGGGCACUGUGGCGAACAUUGUCGCUUACUGCCACAUUGGAGCCUCUGGCUGCAUCACUGCCCUCUUCUCCAUUGUGCCAUCUGGCCGGAUGUUUGGUGACCGUGUUGCGGGCAAGGCUAGGAAGUACAUGGCCAACCAGACGUUUACCGCCUCGUACGCGCCUCUUCAACGAAGCCACCGAGCCGUCUCGAUUCUCCUCUGGUGCCUGAUCUUUGGUGCCAAGUUGACCGAAUCGUACUUCUUCCUGUCCUUGUCGUUCCGUGACCCUCUCGCCGUCAUGCUGACCAUGAGGAUCCAAGGAUGCAACGACAAGUACUUCGGAUCUGCACUUUGCACGUACCAGGCUCAGUUCGCUCUGACCACGAUGUUCAUCAUGGACCUGUGUCUGUUCUUCCUCGACACGUUCCUGUGGUACGUCAUCUGGAACACCGUCUUCUCCAUCGGAUGGGCCUUCUCUAUGGGUCUCUCCAUCUGGACGCCUUGGUCGGACAUCUUCCAGCGCCUGCCUAAGCGUAUCUACGCCAAGCUGCUCGCUACGGCCGACAUGGAGGUGAAGUACAAGCCAAAGGUGUUGGUCUCACAAGUCUGGAAUGCCGUCAUCAUCUCAAUGUACCGAGAGCACCUGCUGUCUAUUGACCACGUCCAGAAGCUGCUUUACCACCAGGUACCAGCACCCGAUGGAGGCAAGCGUACUCUGCGAGCACCCACCUUCUUCAUCAGCCAGAGCGAGAAGGGACCCAAGCCCGAGUUCUUCCCCAAGGGAUCCGAGGCCGAGCGACGUAUCUCCUUCUUCGCUCAGUCGCUCACCACGACUCUGCCCGAGCCUCUGCCCAUCGAUGCUAUGCCUACGUUCACCGUCCUGACUCCCCACUACUCCGAGAAGAUCUUGUUGUCUCUUCGUGAGAUUAUCAGGGAAGAGGACCAGAACACCCGUGUCACCCUGCUCGAGUACCUCAAGCAGCUGCACCCCAUCGAGUGGGACAACUUCGUCAAGGACACUAAGAUUCUUGCCGAGGAGUCCGCCGGCCUGGGCAGCUCACCCUUCAGCGCUGAGAAUGGAUCGGAUGAGAAGGCUGGCUCUGGGAAGAGCAGCGCCAAGACGGACGAUCUGCCAUUCUACUGCAUUGGUUUCAAGUCUGCCGCACCCGAGUACACUCUCCGAACUCGUAUCUGGUCCUCGCUCCGUGCUCAGACUCUGUACCGAACCGUGUCUGGAUUCAUGAACUACGCCAAGGCUAUCAAGCUCCUGUACCGAGUUGAGAACCCCGAGGUCGUGCAGCUCUUUGGUGGCAACACUGAGAAGCUCGAGCGUGAGCUCGAGAGGAUGAGCAGGCGCAAGUUCAAGUUUGUCAUUUCGAUGCAGCGAUACUCCAAGUUUAACAAGGAGGAGCACGAGAACACCGAAUUCCUGCUACGAGCCUACCCUGAUCUGCAGAUUGCCUACUUGGACGAAGAAGCACCACGCAAGGAGGGUGGCGAGUCUCGCUGGUUCUCUUCCCUCGUCGAUGGUCACUCCGAAAUCCUGCCCAACGGAAGGAGGAGGCCGAAAUUCCGCGUCGAGCUGCCAGGUAACCCCAUCCUGGGAGAUGGAAAGUCAGACAACCAGAACCACGCUAUCAUCUUCCACCGUGGAGAGUACCUCCAGCUCAUCGAUGCCAACCAGGACAAUUACCUCGAGGAAUGCCUCAAGAUCCGAUCCAUCCUCGGAGAGUUUGAGACCUUCAACGUCUCCAACCAGAACCCCUACGGUGGCGGUCACACCGAAUUUACCAAGGCGCCCGUUGCCAUUGUCGGUGCCCGUGAGUACAUUUUCUCCGAGAACAUUGGUAUUCUGGGAGACAAUGCCGCUGGAAAGGAACAGACGUUCGGUACCAUGGCUGGUCGUGGACUUGCUCAGAUCGGCGGUAAGCUGCACUACGGUCACCCGGAUUUCCUCAAUGCUCUCUUCAUGACUACUCGUGGUGGUGUGUCCAAGGCUCAAAAGGGACUGCACUUGAACGAAGACAUCUACGCCGGUAUGACUGCCUUUGGCCGUGGUGGACGAAUCAAGCAUUGCGAGUACUACCAGUGCGGUAAGGGUCGUGACUUGGGUUUCGGAACCAUUCUCAACUUCACCACCAAGCUCGGUAAUGGUAUGGGUGAACAGAUGCUGUCUCGAGAGUACUACUACCUUGGUACACAGUUGCCUGUUGAUCGAUUCCUGACCUUCUACUACGGUCACCCUGGAUUCCACAUCAACAACAUCAUGGUCAUUCUCUCGGUGCAAAUGUUCAUGCUGUCCAUGCUGUUCUUGGGUACCCUCAACUCGGAGCUGUCGGUGUGCCCAACCACGACUAGCGACUACAUCGUUGGAACUGGUGGAUGCUACUACCUGAACCCCGUCUUCCUGUGGAUCAAGCGUACCAUCAUCUCCAUCUUCCUGGUCUUCAUGAUUGCCUUCUUGCCCUUGUUCCUGCAGGAGCUCACCGAGCGUGGUGCACUGUCGGCCAUCAUUCGACUGUCGAAGCACUUCCUGUCGCUCUCGCCCGUCUUUGAGGUCUUCUCGACGAUGAUCUACUCGCACUCUAUCAUCUCGAACUUGACCUUUGGUGGUGCUCGUUACAUUGCCACUGGACGUGGUUUCGCCACUACGCGACAGAGCUUCGCCUUGCUCUACUCUCGAUUCGCUGGCCCUUCGAUCUACACCGGUAUGAGGUUGCUGCUGAUGCUCCUUUACGUCACCUUGACGCUCUGGAUCCCGCAUCUGAUCUACUUCUGGGUCUCGAUUCUGGCCUUGUGCAUUGCACCCUUCCUGUUCAACCCUCAUCAAUUCGCCAUCUCGGACUUUGUCAUUGACUACCGAGAGUUCUUGCGAUGGAUGUCUAGGGGUAACUCGAGGUCGCACGCCAACUCGUGGAUCGGUUACUGCAGGCUGUCAAGGACCAAGGUCACUGGAUACAAGAAGAAGCGAUUGGGUCACCCUUCUGAGAAGCUGGCUGGUGACGUGCCCCGAGCUGGUUGGAGGACCAUCCUCUUCGCCGAGGUCAUCGGACCCAUUACCUUGGCCGUUGUCUUCGUCAUCGCCUACGCCUUCGUCAAGAGUGUCUCGACGACUUCCACUCCUGCUCAGGGAGCCAUUGUGCGCAUUGCCAUCAUCGCACUUGGACCCAUUGUCUGGAACAUGGCUGUUCUGUUGACCGUCUUCAUGAUCUCGAUUUUCCUGGGUCCCGCACUGAACAGGUGCUGCUCCAAGUUUGGAUCGGUAAUGGCUGCCAUUGCCCACUUGCUUUCGGUCGUGGGCAUGAUCGUCUCCUUUGAGUUCCUCUGGUUCCUGGAGCUGUGGAACACCUCGCACGCCGUCUUGGGUGUCAUUGCUACAGUAGCUAUCCAGCGUGCCAUCUUCAAGAUCCUCAUCGCUCUUGUGCUGUCGCGAGAGUACAAGCACGACGAGGCCAACAAGGCCUUCUGGACUGGAAAGGUGUGGCGCAUGGGUACAGGUGGACACGCCUUCUCGCAACCCGCACGAGAGUACUUGGUCAAGGUCAUUGAGAUGUCGCUGUUUGCAGCCGACUUUGUGUGCUGCCACAUCCUCCUCUUUGGACUGUCGCUGCCGCUUCUCAUCCCAUACUUUGACAAGCUGCACUCUACAGCCCUCUUCUGGUUGCGCCCAUCGCGCCAGAUCCACGCGCCCAUCUUUUCGCUGCGAGCGAGAAAACAGAGGAGGAGCAUCGUCGCACGGUAUGGACUGCUGUUCAUCUUCUCCUUUGCCGUCUUCGCCGCCCUGAUUGCAGUGCCGAUCGUCUUCUCGGACGUGAUCGACCUGCAUUGCUCCCUCUGCGACAGCAUCUAG